AUGAAUAUAUAAAUGUGUGUGAGCACUGAGCUGAGCAGCACGUCGCUCUGCCUUCAGCUCAUCAUGGCGGACUCCAGCAGCAACCACGUCCACGUUUUAUUCUCCUUUUCCGUGUUUUCGCGUCCGUCUUCGGUGGCUCUCGGCUCCGGGUAUGAAGUGCUCGUCCAGAAGUUUCUCUCCAUCUACGGGCCUCAGAUCGACGUGCAUCGCAAAUUCCUCAUUCAGGUGUUCUCGGAGGAAUGGGGGCAGUUUAUAGACCUGCCCAAGGGAUUUGUCAUAUCGGAGAAAUGCAAGCUGAGAUUAGUUCCUCUUCAGACGGAUAUCACUACAUUGGGCAACCUUUCUCCAGCCACCACCAUUUUCUUCUGCUGCGACAUGCAGGAACGGUUCAGGCCUGCCAUCAAGUACUUUGGUGACAUUAUCAGCGUAGGACAAAGACUGCUCCAGGGUGCUCGGAUUUUGGGGAUCCCUGUCAUCGUGUCAGAGCAGUACCCUAAAGGCCUGGGUAGCACUGUACAGGAGAUGGAUCUGACUGGGGCCAAGCUAGUCUUCCCUAAAACCAAGUUCUCCAUGGUAUUGCCAGAGGUGGAAGCUGCACUGGCUGAGACUCCUGGAGCCCGGAGCAUUGUGCUUUUUGGAGUAGAGACCCAUGUGUGCAUACAGCAGACAGCCCUGGACCUGAUUGGGAAGGGGUUUGAGGUGCACAUUGUAGCAGAUGCAACGUCCUCCAGAAGCAUGAUGGACAGAAUGUUUGCACUAGAGCGGCUCGCACGCACCGGCAUCAUCAUCACCACCAGCGAGUCGGUCCUUCUGCAACUCGUGGCAGAUAAAGAGCAUCCGAAGUUCAAAGAAAUCCAGAACAUCAUUAAGGCCAGCGCUCCAGAGUCAGGCCUCCUCUCUAAAGUCUGAGCAGCAUGAGGUGCUAAACUUACUUCCACUGUUGGCUUCAUUUAAUGUCCCUUAGAGAUUCUGCAGCCGUGGUGGGUGUUUUGAAGUUGUAAAGUUACCUCAUAUAUUUGAAAUCGUUCCAAGCUUGUGUUUGUAGACGAUGGUGGAUUUUUUUUUUUUAUCAGAAUUUCGUCUUAGAUGUGCCGUGCAAUAAACCUGGUUAGUCCAACGUAUUUUUCAGUGUUUAAAAGAUUUCUUGUUUCGUAAACCAAAUAAAAUCUACAAAUCUGGCACAGCGAGAUAAAUGUAAGUUAAAUGCGUUUGUUUAAUGCAACAUCGUGCUGUUGCUGGUGACGACACCACUGGAAGUAGGAAUGUAGCUACUCUGACAACCAUAACAGCCUGGAAGUCUGUCCUUACCUUCUGUCUCUCACCAUUUUCUUUCUAAACUUUAAGAAUACAUAAAUUCCUGUACCUACAAAAUCCCAGAAAUAUAUAUAUAUCGUGUGUGGAAAAUGUGGUAACAGUUGAGACGUAACGUGCAGUAGAUGAUUACAAACAGUAGACUAACCUUUGUGACUUGGCUGAACACAAGGUCUAAUUAAGAGAUGAAUAAGCCACUGGAACAUGACGACUUGCACUGCAAUACAUAUCUGUGCUGAAUUAUUAAUGUAAUAUGUUUAGUACUCUGUUUCUCUGCCAUUUUGCUCCAAUAGGGCUAUAAAUAAUGAUCAAAAUAUAUGUUCUGUUUGUCAUUUUUUUUGUCUCUUUUCUUUAAAAUAUACUUACUGGCCUGUUUUCUCUUUUGCUUUAUCUUUUUUUUUGAAGUCUACUCAAACUUUAGAAUAUGUUACAAGGCAUGAAUUAACAUCCCUAUAAAUCAUGGGAAUAAUAUGAACUAUAUAGGAAUGGCACUUAAUUAUUAAAAAUGUUACACGUUUAGGAAUUUGAUGUGGAAAGUUACCCUGUGUAGUGGAACAUAUUUAUUUUGAACAUGUUUUUUUUUAAUUCAUUGUUGCUGUUGUUGGUUUCUGUUGUGUAUUUGAAAAAGUUUGUGCUUAUUUUUCCCUCAAUUUUUAUUUUUUCUUCGUCUUCAUGCCCAAAUUGUUAACUGCACUGGCACUGCAUUGCCCCUUAAGUCUGUAAAGGUUUGCACAAGUUUGUGUGUGUGUGUGUGUGUUUUUACUCUUUGACAUUAUUAUUAUUUUUUUUUUAGGUUUUCAUGUCAGUGGAAAUCUCACUCUUAUUUCACAGACUAAAAGACAUGCACACAAAAUUAUAUUCUAUAAGUUAUGGGAAGAUUGUGUUUUUUAUUCGUUUAUUUUUUCACAUAACUGAAUAUACUGUAUCUGGGGAUUUCCAAUAUAGUCCAAUAUAGCUACUGAUUAUAUUUUUCACAUAGGUAUUGCUAAACUUGGUUUUAAUGCAUACAUUGUUUUUGGUUAUCCAGGACAACUGUUUUGUAGAGCGUAUUAAAAAAGUCAUGGAUUUUACAUGAUAUAAGGUGUCCUUCGUUUUUAACUUUAUUUUUGAUCAGUAAGACCUGAAAACAUACACUUGCCCUCCACAUUAUUUAGAACACCUGCACAUUCAUGUAUUUGUCUAAUCAGUCGAUCGUGUGGAAGCAGCUCAAUGCAAAAAUCAUGCAGAUACAGCUCAAGAGCUUCAGUUAAUAUUUACAUCAAACAUCAGAAUGAAGAAACUGUGUUUUUAUGUGACUUUAACAGUGGCAUGGUUUUUGGUUUUGAGUAUUCCAGAAACUGCUGAUCUGCUGAGAUUCUAGAGUUUCCAGAAUGGGGCAAUAAACAAAGACUGACUAAGAGAAAGUUUUGUGAGUAGAAUCACCUUGUUGAUAAGAGAGAUCAGACGAGAAUAGCUUGGUUUGAGCUGCUAAAAAUCAACUCAAACUCAAAUCAUCAAGUUUUACACCCAUGUUAAGAAGAAAAGCAUCUCUGAAUGUACAAAACUUCGAGACUUGGAUUGACUACAACUAGAAUCAUUCUGAUAUUUCAUUUGAAGUUUAACUGAAGCUCCUGAAGACCUGCUGCCACAUUAUUAGCUAACUGCAUGAAUGUAAUAAAGUGGACCAUUGGCAUUUAUUGCUGUUUUCUUUGCUUAAAAAUGUCAUGCAGUAUAUCAUUACCACCACAUGUGGUAAUGUGUUGUGAUGUGCAGAUGAAUUAUAAUAAAAAUAUAUGAUGAAUAAGUAA